AUGUCAGAAUCUGACGACGAAUGGGAGUGUUGUACAAUGUAUGCAGUGUUGGCCCCUAAGGUGUUGCGGCCAAACACUGAUUACCACAUCAGUGUCUCGCUGUAUGACAUCCCGGCGCCCAUUGAAGUGAAUGCCAGUGUUAUCGGUCCGGCACACAGUGUCAGCACCGGUCCCGUCUCUUUCGGUACGGCUGAGUCCAAAGUGCUAACCCUAGCGAUCGGCGAUUGGCCAAAAGGCAGGUAUAAAGUGCGCGUGGAGGGAAAGGGUGCUAAUUUUACCAAGUACGAUGAAACUGUUGCCAUAACAACGGAUAGAUUUCUAAAUGAAUUGCCGCUUGAUUUUGUGACGAAAUGUGUGUCGACAGACAAAGCCACGUACAAACCCGGACAGAAAGUACAAUUCAGGGCAGUUGUGGUCAACCCAUCGCUGGUUCCCAAAGACAACAUUCCUAUUGAUAUACAUAUUCCUACCGGAAAGCGUGUCAUUGAAUGCACAAAAUUGUACGCAAAAAACGGUGUUAUUUGUGAAGAGCUGCAACUGUCGGCACAGCCAGUGUUGGGCCACUGGACUAUCGGUGUGACGGCGUUCAGACACAACACCACUAAGACAUUCACUGUUAUCGCCGACAAUACGUUGCCCACGACUAACGUGGAGAUAGUGUUGCCAACAUAUGUGACCGUAAAUCAGUCACAAGUGGUGGCACUCGUAAAGGCAUUUGAUACCAAUGGGAAGCCUGUUGAGGGGGAGCUCACUUUUUAUGUUCGGGCCACAGUUAGUUACGCCCCUGGUAACUUCGAGACAAAGGCUAAGAUUAACGGAAGCGUUACACUGACCGUCAAUUUAAUAGACAAUUUGAAAUACAACGCUCGACACGCAUUCGGCUCUGACUUUGUAUGUGGUUUCACUGCACGAGUGAUUGAAGCGGUGACCGGAAAGGAGGACGUGAGGGUAGAAGUGGUUAAGCCGUCCGAGACGUACAAACCGCGGCUGAAAAACACGUUUGUCACCCGGUGCUGGCACUACAUGCUAGUGAUCCGUACGGACACAACCACUAUUACUGUCGGACAGGAAGUAAAAUUUAUGGUAAAUGCGACCGAACCUAUAGUACGAUUGGUGUGCGAAGUGAUGGGAAGGGGAGACAUAGCGUGGGCUAAGAGUUUUGACAUUCACACCAAUAUUACGUUCGGCUAUGAGUUCAGUGUUGCGACUGUCAAUCAAAUGGCGCCGUCGACUCGGGUUCUGUGCCAUUACGUGCGGCCCGACAACCGGGAA